AUGAAGGGAUUGGUUGGAGGCAUCCCGCUUGCCCUUCUUGUCGCCGCCGUCGCCAACGGCCAUGGAAUGGGCCAAGGCCAUGGCGACACUGGACACGGCGAGCGCCCUGCUACUGUUAUUGGUGGCCCCAGCGGUGAUGACGGCGGUAACAGUGCCGCUAUCGGGUUCGACAGCAGCUACAGUUCCAGUGUGAAGGACACCUACAAAGACGACCACUCCUUUCAUCUGAAGAACCAUGUGGUCGCUCCCCCUCCCCCUCCUGUGCCUGGUUUCCGCAAGCGAGGCAAUGGCGAUGGGACCGUUAUUAAAGGCCCAUCUGGCGACGACGGUGGCAACGAGGCAGAAAUCGAGUUCGACAGUGCCUAUUCUUCUGUUGUGGAGGAUUGGGUCAAGGACGAUCACUCCGCAGAUAUCAAGAACAACAUCUUUAGCCCUGGUUUCCGCAAGAGGGGUGAUCAUGAUGCGACUGUCAUUGGUGGUCCCUCGGGAAACGAUGGUGGUAACAGUCUGGAAAUCGAGUUUGAUAGUUCCUAUUCCUCGGUUGUAGAGGACUGGUAUAAGGACGACCACUCCCUCAACGAGGAGAAUCACAUCGUUUCUCCUCCACCAAUGCCUGGCUUCCGGAGGCGAGGUGAUCGCGGUGCAACAGUGAUCGGUGGCCCAUCUGGCAAUGAUGGCGGCAAUAGUGCUGAAGUCGAUUUUGAUAGCUCAUACGACUCCACUGUCAAGGAUUGGUACAAGGACGAUCACUCCAUCGACAUUAAGAAUGACAUUGUUCACCCUCCCCCAAUGCCCGGUUUCCGCAAGAGACAAGGGAACACUGUCAUUGGAGGCCCUUCAGGCGAUGAUGCUGGGAACAGUGCGGAGAUUGACUUUGAGAGCAUCUACACAUCAAGUGUCAAGGACUUCUACAAGGAUGACCAUUCGGUUGACGUCGAGAACCAUAUCAUCCACCCUCCUCCAAUGCCCGGUUUCCGCAAGAGACAAGGGAACACUGUCAUUGGAGGCCCUUCAGGCGAUGAUGCUGGGAACAGUGCUGAGAUCGAGUUUGAGAGCACCUACACGUCGAGUGUCAAGGACUUCUACAAAGAUGACCACUCGGUCGACGUCGAGAACCAUGUCAUCCACCCUCCCCCAGUGCCAGGCUUCCGGAAGCGCGACGAUGGGGGCAAUCAUGUGGGUCGCCCUCAUCAUGAUGAGGAUGGUGACUCGACCGUGGUUGGAGGUCCUGGAAAACAUGCCAAGCACCACGGUGAUACUGUCAUUGGAGGCCCCUCGGGUGACGAUGGUGGCAGCAGCGCCGAUACCGAUUUUGACAGCCACUAUUCCUCGGAAGUUGAAGACCAUUACAAGGACGACCAUUCUGUUGAUAUCAAGAACCACGUGUUUGCGCCAGCCCCGCCAAUGGGCUUCCGCAGGCGCGGCGGCCCAGUUGUGAUCGGUGGUCCCAGCGGCGAUGAUGAAGGCAACAGUGCCAGCUUCAUCUUUGAUAGCGACUACUCAUCGGAGGUCAACGAUGACUACGAAGAUGAUCAUUCCGUGACGGAGGAGAACUGGAUCGGGCAACCUCCUCCUCAACCCCCGCAUCCUUACGCACCUCCAUUCGGUGGGCCGGCACCAAGCAAGCCAUGCAGCACCUCAACCAUUGUUGAGACCAUCGUCAGGACCAUUUCAGAGGAUCCAGCGCCCACGAAGCCCGCUGUCCCAUACCACCCGUCUGAGCAUCCUCACCCUGAGUCCACUCCUCCGUCCGUGCCCGCCCACGAGUCUUCAUAUCCCAAGCCUCAGCCAAGUGUCCCAUCCGACCCCAGUCACAGCUCCAAGCCCAGCCCUCCUUCGUACACCACGCAUCCCUCCGAGGCCGUGCCAACUGGUGUCUCUCCCACUCACGAGGCUGAGCCCCCCAAGUCUGAGCCAAGCGCCCCCGGUUAUGCACCACACGAACCUGGCUUCGAGAAGCCAGAGCCGGCCCGCACCCCCUGUCCCUCGUCGAAGUCGGAAGCUCAUUCCGAGCCCAGUGCUCCCUCAUAUCCUCCGCAGCAAACCGCUCAUCCACAGCCUGAGUACAGCGCCCCCGCUGAACCUUCUCACGAGCCUGCUCACCCGAAGCCUCAAGUGACCACGACGCCUUGCCCCACGCGCAAGCCUGAAGGUCAUCACCCUGAGCCCACCGCUCCUCCCUAUCAACCACAUCAACCUGAGCACUCUGUCCCUGAGAAAGCGACCCCCAUCACCUCCACGAUCACCGUGAGCCAUACCUCCUCCUUCGCUGUUGUCCCCGUCUAUGUGCCCAGCACCCACAAGACGUCUUGCUCGUCCGAGCAACACCAACGCCCCAGCGCCGUCGACCCCCACAGCAACUCGGCGCCGUCGAUGCACCACGAAGCUCCCCCGACACCUAGUCAGAGCGCGAUGUUCACCGGCGCUGCGGGUCGGAUGACACCCGCCGGUGCCAUGUCUGCAGUUUGUGGUCUCCUGGCUGUUCUUGCCUUCGUGCUGUAA